AAUAAUGACGGCGACCUGCUUCCCCGUCAAUCUCGGUGAAUGGUUUGGCUGCAGGUUUUAUCGUCUCUCACAUUUCUUCGAAAUGCGCCCCUCGCCACCAUGCUGCAAGUCGCCACGAUGGGGCGAUACAGGGCUCCAGUCUCAAAAGUAAACAAGUGCGAAGAAGCCAAUCACGCCACACCGGGCCUCAAACCAAGCGGGAGCGAUGCCCCAAGACACAGCUCCGGGAUCGGGGAAGGCAUCGCCAAAGUCGGGUCGGACAAGGAUAGCCUACCUUGGGCGCUGCAGACGGUCUGCGACAUUUUCAACUCGCGUAACCUAACCCGGCUGCUGCGGUGACCCACUGCUCACGAGGGCAUGGUGGUCGGCUGAGGAUGCGGGAAGAAUGAAUCAAUGAACUGGGAAAAUAGCGAAACGGAUCCCUGUAACGCUGGUUUCCCAGCGGCUUGGGAGAGAUGUGGUGGCGGCGAUGCCCCGCCCUUCAGCUGGAGGCGCCAUUUUUGUCCGGGGCGUCUUUGAGACCUGGGCCGUCGACCGCGUCCCGAGGGGUAUGGACAUUCGGCUCCUCGGCGGGGAGAAUUUCCUCGGAGCGUACAUGCACAUGCACGCAUGUUUUCAAGGCCUGGCUUGCGGCGCCGUGCAAUCGGCGGCCCGAUCAGAUCUUCGCUCCCAAGCGCCUGCGCGGGAAGGCCCGCAGACCAAGUUUUGGCUGCGCCUUGAUCUCUCGGCAAGGCCGGGGUGCGGCGAGGAGAGCCCACGGCUGUCGACAAGCGAUGCUCUCGGCCCGGUUCACGUCGGAUGGUCCAGAACACAGCUUGGGUUUGUUGAUGUAUAGUAACGAUUGGCACGCUGCAGA